AUGCCAAGAGGAAGAUGGAAGUGGCAAAGCACCUGCUCUAUGCUUCAAUGUUAUUCCCAAAGGCUACUUCGCAUGACAGAUAAAUAUAUUUUACACCAUCGGCAGAAAUUCUUCAGGCAUGUUCCUAUCCCGUCCGGGCAAACACUUCAAAGAAGCAGUUCAGUCAGGCUCUGCAAACACGUCACAGACAGUUUAACAUGCACAGCCGCUGGUUUCGUUCUCCAAAUGAAUAUUGAUUGCGUCGUUGUAGUCGUUGUUCAUGUCGCUACGGGCGCCUUCGUUGAGCUCCUCCUGCUGCAAGGCCAUUUUGGCAACCACCUCAAAGGCCGCUUGCACGUUGAUGGAGUCUUUGGCGCUGGUUUCGAAAACAGGAUAGCUCAAGCCUCCCAACUGGUUGUUUGUGAUGUUCAUCAACUUCUUCGACAAGGAAGGGAUUUUCUUGCUUUCGUCCACGUCGAUCUUGUUUCCUAUUAUGAUGAACGGGAAGUCCUGUGGGUUCAGCACGUUGGACUGGAUAAGAAACUCGUCCUUCCACGAAGCCAAGUUGUUCAAGGAUUUCUCGUUGGUCACGUCAUAGCACAACACACAGCAGUCGGCGCCUCGGUAGAACGCCACACCCAAACUCUGGAACCGCUCUUGGCCCGCCGUGUCCCAUAUUUGCAAGGACACAGUUUUGUUAUCGAUGGUCAAGUCUUUGGUCAAAAAAUCGGCGCCAAUGGUGGCUUUGUACUGGUGGGAAAACUUAUUGUUGACAAACUGCUGCAUGAGCGAGGUUUUGCCCACGCCCGAGUCGCCCAAAAUGAUCACUUUCAACAAUGUUUUCUUACGAGCAGACAUGUUGGGAUGUGUAUUUUUUGA